GAAAAUGGUACCUAUCUCUCGGCUCUGUUUUGCCGCGAACAAGGCUGUAAGGGUAUUGUGAUACCGGUGCAAACUAAAACCCUACAACCGGAUUGGCGUUGCCUUACCUGUGAAACAGUAUUUCCCCAUUCGAAAAUGGCCCGAUAUCAGGAUUUUGCCUUGAAUACAAUCAACAAUCGUAUUAAUGCCUGCAGUGUUAGUGAUAUGAUAACCUUCAUUAAUGAAAUGUGUCCACGCUUUUGUCCGCCAUCCAAUUAUGUGCUAGUCGAGGCUAAACUCAAUGUCAUUUGGAGAAUGUCCCGACCUACCACAGAAGAGUUUACCGAAGAACAGAUCAAAUGUAAAGAUCGUUAUAGAGCUGAACUGUUGGAGCUGUUGGAAAAAUUGGGAGCUGGAGAUUGUACUCUCAAAAAGUUGAUAACCGAGGAGAAUCUUUGA